CUUGACCUCAGCGCCGGACUCGUCAUCCAAGCACAGAGAUCUCGUCGACUGAACUGCUCAAACAACUUGCUUUUUCUCCUGCUGCUCUCUCUUUGCUUGGUCCUGUCCCGACGACAACGACGCGAGCAGCCACAAAAACAACGAGCAAGACUCGCCUCCACCCGCUCGUCAUCUUCACUUGGCCUCCAUCGACAACUCGUCUUGCGUCUGGUUCUGCCACCCUCGCCGUCGAUACAAGCGCCGCGUCUUCCAUCAUCUUCGGACAGAGAAGAAACACCGCGCCCUGUUUCUUCCACCCGCCAUCAUGGCGCUCGAUACCUUUUUUCACAACAAGAUCGAGUCGAUGAAGCUGGAAAUAAUAGAGGGCCAGGCUAAAUUGCGACGACUGGAAGCCCAGCGAAACGACUACAACUCGAGAGUGCGUCUGCUGCGCGAAGAACUGGGUCUGCUGCAGCAGCCGGGCAGCUAUGUGGGAGAGGUUGUGAAGGUCAUGAGCACGAAGAAGGUGCUGGUCAAGGUGCAUCCGGAGGGCAAAUAUGUCGUCGACGUGAGCGAUAAUGUGGACAUUUCCAAGUUGACGGUCGGAAAGCGCGUCACUCUCCUCAGCGACAGCUACAAGCUCGAGAAAAUGCUGCCCUCGUCCGUCGAUCCGCUCGUCUCGCUCAUGAUGGUCGAAAAGGUCCCUGACUCCACCUAUGACAUGAUCGGUGGCUUGGACCAGCAAAUCAAGGAGAUCAAGGAAGUGAUCGAGCUUGGCCUCAAGCAUCCAGAACUCUUCGAGUCGCUAGGCAUUGCACAGCCCAAGGGGGUGCUCCUGUACGGCCCUCCCGGAACGGGCAAGACCCUGCUGGCAAGAGCCGUCGCGCAUCACACCGACUGCAAGUUCAUCCGUGUGAGCGGCAGUGAGCUGGUGCAAAAGUACAUAGGCGAGGGUUCCCGCAUGGUGCGUGAGCUGUUCGUCAUGGCUCGCGAACACGCUCCUUCGAUCAUCUUCAUGGACGAGAUCGACUCGAUCGGCUCGUCACGAGUCGAGGGCUCCAGCGGUGGCGACUCAGAGGUACAGCGUACAAUGUUGGAGCUGCUCAACCAGCUUGAUGGUUUCGAACCCACCAAGAACAUCAAGAUCAUCAUGGCCACCAACCGUCUUGACAUCCUCGACCCAGCCCUGCUCCGCCCAGGCCGCAUCGAUCGCAAGAUCGAGUUCCCACCACCAUCCGUCGAAGCUCGCGCCGACAUUCUCCGUAUCCACAGCAGAAAGAUGAACCUGACCCGAGGAAUCAACCUCACCAAGAUCGCGGAAAAGAUGAACGGUUGCUCAGGAGCCGAGCUGAAGGGUGUAUGCACAGAGGCGGGCAUGUAUGCUCUUAGGGAGCGACGCGUACACGUCACGCAGGAGGACUUUGAUCUAGCCACAGCCAAGAUUUUGAACAAGCAUGACGACAAGGAGGUUUCGCUGGGUAAACUCUUCAAGUAAAAGCGUCCAAACGGCCGGUAAGAGGACGAAUCAUCGGCGCUGCGCAUCAUGUCUCGCUGCAUUUUCUGGCGUUAGUGCAAGACACUGUUACAUUGUGUAUACUAUAUGCAUCGAGAUGUGAAGAUAUGCUGCCUGAAGACACGCAGCACGCUUGUACCAAGACGCAUGUAGAAUUCGAUGCCGGGAAAAGUCAUCAUGCAUUCAAAGUGAGCGUUUUAACCUUUCCCAUCUCUAAACCUCCAGGGUUCUUUCGCACGUGCGCGACGUGCAUUUCGGCAAUAACCCCUAUCAAGGUUGCGCGUCGACGCUGUUUUUCUUUUCGAUCUCGCUUCACCUUUGUGCCAUGACUGUGUCGGUCCUCACUGGCGCUCUACUCACUUUGUCCAGAACAAUGAUCGAGCGUAAGUGACUGUGUGGCCGUGGUGGAAUGAGGAACGCGAAGCUUGAACAUAGAAAGCAGUCACUUCUUUAGAUAGAGCAGAUACUAGAAGGAAGCCUUUUGUCGAAACGUCAAUAGCCUCUGUUGGAAGCCCGUUAAUGCAAC